GACUCGUGAUUGAUGUAAGAGGCAGACGGGAGGGAGCAUGGACAUCCAGAGCGAGAGGAGCCGCCUGCUGGACGCGGACGCGGACGCGGACGCGGACGCGGACAACGCGCUGACGGGGCUUCUGUCGGAGCAGGACGCGUACCUGAGCAAAGUCAGGAACAAGAAGUUGUACCUGGCCACGGUGGCAUCGGUUCUGGGUCCCAUGAGCUUCGGCUUCGUGCUGGGCUACAGCUCUCCGGCCAUCCCAGAGCUCUCUGUGAGCGCUGACCCGCGUCUGCGGCUGGACCCGGUCCAGGGCUCCUGGUUUGGGUCCGUAGUGACGGUGGGAGCGGCGGUGGGCGGCCUGCUGGGGGGAUGGAUGGUGGACAGGAUCGGCAGGAAGCUCAGCCUCAUGUUCUGCUCGCUGCCCUUCGUCUUCGGCUUCACCGUCAUCAUCGCCGCUCAGAACAGGUGGAUGCUCUACGUGGGCAGGGCGCUCACCGGCCUCGCCAGCGGCGUCACGUCCCUGGUCGUCCCGCUCUACAUCUCUGAGAUGGCACACGAGCGGGUCCGGGGCACUCUGGGCUCCUGCGUGCAGCUGAUGGUGGUCAUCGGCAUCAUGGGGGCGUAUCUGGGAGGCCUCUUCCUGGACUGGCGCUGGCUGGCCAUCUGCUGCUCCAUCUCGCCCACGCUGCUCCUGGUGUGUAUGUGCUUCAUGCCGGAGACGCCGCGGUUCCUCCUGUCCAAGGGCCGGAGGCAGGAAGCCAAGGAGGCUCUGCAGUUCCUGCGGGGCCCGGACGCCCCCGUUGAAUGGGAGUGCAGGCAAAUCGAGAACGCCUGCGACCAGCAGGGUUCCAGUUUCCAGAUGUCGGACCUGAAGGAUCCCGGCGUCUACAAGCCUCUGCUGAUCGGGAUCACGUUGAUGCUCUUUCAGCAGAUGUCCGGGAUCAAUGCCAUCAUGUUCUACGCUGAGACCAUAUUUGAGGAAGCACACUUUAAGGGGAGCGACCUGGCUUCAGUGAUUGUGGGUGUGAUUCAGGUGGUCUUUACAGCAGUAGCAGCAGUUAUCAUGGACAAAGCUGGAAGGAAAGUCCUUCUCAUCAUCUCCGGCGUUGCCAUGGCGCUGAGCACCACAGCAUUUGGGGUUUACUUCUACCUGAUCACCGAAAUGCAAAGCGGCCGCGUGCUGAGCGUGAUGCUGGAGCCGCGGAGCACAGCCGGAGGAGAGCUGGCCUGGCUGGCCCUCACCAGCAUGGCCGUGUUCAUCGCAGGCUUCGCUCUGGGCUGGGGUCCCAUCCCGUGGCUGGUGAUGUCAGAGAUUUUCCCUGUCAAAGUGAGGGGCUUCGCCAGCGCCGUCUGCGUUCUGACCAACUGGGGCAUGGCGUUCGUCGUCACCAAAACCUUCCAAGAUAUGAUGGGGGCUCUAACCAGCGCAGGGACUUUCUGGCUCUUCGCCUCGAUGUGCACCCUCAGCAUCGUCUUCACCAUGAUCUUCCUCCCAGAAACGAAGGGCAAGACCCUGGAGCAGAUCGAAGCUACUUUUAGAGGAACAUCUGGUCCAUGAGUUCUCCCCCUCCUCCCACUCUUCUCCACAUACCAAAAAAAGCUCACAUUAAAAACUGAAAAUCUUUAUCAAGGUUAAACUAAGAAGUUGAUUGAAACAUUAUUGUUUAUUUCUUGUCUCACAGACUGAACUAAAUCCUGUUUUAUGAUGACUUGAUGUCUGACAGACAUGUGGAUUUACCUUGAUGACUGCUGUGGACGCUGCAGUCUGUGGUGCUGCUGUAAUAACCAGGGAUCCGUCACAUCAUGGGGGCGUUUACUUACUCAGACCCUUGGAACUUUUGCCCAUUUUGCUGUGAUGAACUCGUAGAUUCUGUUGUGUCUGUACUGAUCACAAACAAAGAACUCCGAAGAAAACGGCCCCUCUGUUUAGUGGCCACUUUAUUAGGUACACCUCCAUACCGUUCAAUCCAAUACAGCAGCUCUGCCAUUACUUCUAGUGUCACCAGGCCAUAUUUCCUUCAUGUUUAUUAAUGAGCUGAAAUCAGACUAAAUGAUAUUGAGGCCGCUAUGAUGUUUUGGGCUAUUUAAAAUGAAUGAUGGACCAAGACAUUGAGAUUAUAACCCUGUAAAGGUAGGAUUACAGGCAGCUCGCUGUAUUGGUUUGCUUUGAGUACCGGUGUGUAACCGCUCCAGUAAUGAGAGUGAACGCUGCUACCUGCAGCCACUGAUGCUCUGCACACUGCUGUUCUGUAGAGGUUUAACACGUCCUCCGCAGUUCGACAGUUUUAAUGUUCACAGCAAAAUGUAAGAACGAAAAAACACCAAAGCUUAGUGAAAACGCAUCUGUCUGUUCUCUGGGUUCUGUCCUCUUUCCUGUGUCAGUAUAGAACUGUUGCUGAUGGUAAAGUCCACUGAGAAAUCACUUUGUAAUCACUUUGGAAAAUGCUUCUUUUGCUCUUGAUUUAUACAAUUUUAUAUCUUUAUACGUGUUUGCUAUGAAUUCAAGUGAAGCUAUGAAACUGAUGUUUUGUGUUAGUUGUAAUACAACCAUACUUUAUAUAACAUCGGGAUUUUUUUUACCGCAAUGGAAUCAAAAUUCUAGAAAAGAAUGUAAUGAUCAGGACAGUGAAUUUAGCUAAAUACGUGAUGUACAAGUCAUUUAAGUAACUGACAUGUCUUUAAUUUCUUUAUAUUAAAGCAGUGGCUCCUGGAUUUGUCUGGUGAGUUUUACGUUUCACA